UUCAGCAGACUGGGGCAGAAGAAAGGAGAGAGUGGUGUACUUUGUUUUUCUUUUCUUUUUUUAUUUGACAGAUGGGUGCACACAGGCUGUACUUAGAGGGUUUGGAAAGGACUGACGUGGUGGACUGAUCCAGGAGACCUUUGACAGAUUUAUGCAAGAGCUCAACGUUCAGCAACAGCGACUGAGAGGACAAGACAGAGAGAAGAAGGAGGGGACAGAAAAGUGUCAAUCUGUUCAGACUUGUUUGGGAAUUCGGAGCAGGGUAGGUGGAGAGAGCAAGCAAAAGGGAAAAGCAAGGAGAGCUCAGGCGUAAACAUUACACUUUUCACAAGACUUCAUUUCGUGAGAGGGGGAAAAGAAAAAGACAUGUCUGACUCAUCUGGACUAAAGGAAGCCAUGUGUAAGGACAUCUAGUCAAUGUGAAUACAUGGAACGAAUUCUUGUGUUGUUUUGCAACCUAAUGCAUUUUUAGCUGAGCUGGAUUGGAGGGGGGAGAUUGGAUCUCCCCAGGACGCCACAUUCAGGUUCUCCAAAUUGGGCUACAAUGGCGACAAAAAGACCCAGCUGCACCCUCUUUGACACUGUAUCUAACAUAAACAUGUCUGACCGCAAGCUUCAGCCAGGUGGAAAAAUCUCCCGGGAUCCAAGUCCCAGACCAACGAAGACUGCCCAAUCUGAGCGAGACCGAGACAGCAAACGAGAAGAAGACCGGAGGAGGGAAACAGAAGUGGAGAAAACGAGAGACAAAGCAAGAUACAAAGACGUAGACCCACGAGAGAGAUACUAUGAAAGAACGCCUGUGUCCAGGAUGAGAGAGGAAGAAAAAGAGUGGAGGGAGAGAGAAAGGAGGCAAGGAGACGACAGUAGCAGAAAUGGACGGCCACUGUCAAAUCUAGAGAGGGACCCUAAGAGAGAGAGAGGGAAGGGGAAGAAAGGUGACACAUUUCCCAGAAUGAGAAAAAGCAGUGAAGAACGUGACAGAAGAACCAUGUUCCCCACCAAGAUUGAUGAAAAAAAAGGAGAAGGUAGGCAGAGGCGAAUGGAGGCAGACGACUGGGAGAGAGAGAAAAUGAAGACAUGGCAGAGGGAGCAGUACAGAGAGAGAGAAGGAGAUGAGAGGCAAAGCAGGGCAAAGGACGAGGGGAGAAAGAGUGGAGGGAGACCUGUGGAUGAUCAGAAAUUGCGACAGAGGGAAAGAUAUGAGGGGAAAAUAUCUGAUGCUGAUUUUCAAUACAGGGGAAGAGAAGUGGGAGAUUCGAGGGACAGAAGAGAGAGAGAUGCUGCGACGAAGAGAGAGAAGCCAAGGCCUUACAUGGGAGAAAAGCAGGUCAGGUUGAGGUCAGCGGACAGACGAAGAGACAGAGAGAUCCACUCGAAUAGGAAGGAGAGGGAAAGGACGCCGAGACGAGAGGGAAAGAGGGACACCAAAAGUGAAGGGGACAGCGAAGAGAGAGAGAUGAGGAGGGAAAAGGUAAGGGACAGUGAGAGGAAGGAGUUGAUAUAUCAACACAGCCAGAGCGAGGGGGACAAUAAGGGCAAAAUACAGAGGGAGUCAGAUCCAAACAGGCAGGGAUACAGAGAGGACGACAGGCAGAGGGACAGAGAGCGAGAGGGGGAUAGAUCCAGGCGGAGGGCAGGGGAGAAAGAUAGGGAGAGGUAUAAAGAUGUUGACGGGAGAGCAGCAAAGGAGGGAGAGAAAUGGAGGGAAAGUGGGAGAGACUUGAAAGAGGAUAGAGCCCGGCCAGACCACAGGAUGGAGGACGAAAGAUACAAGCAGAUGAGACACAGAGAAAUGAAGGAAAGAGAGGCUGAGAGUAGGUGGGAUGAUACAGCAGGAAGAAGCAAAAGCAAGGUGGCGCCUCAGGUGCCGCCACUAUCCCAGAGCAGUGGAGAGUGGAGCAGUGACAUGGACAGCGAGGUGAGAUACAGAAGAGGUCGAGACAGUUAUGAAGAGAACGAAUCAGGGAGAGAGAGAACAGCCGAGCACAAGAGAGAUGUGGAAGAAGCGAGGGAUCCAGAGAGAGCUGCUGAAAGAAGGCAAAGGGAUCAGAAGAGGGGCGAAAGACGAGAGAGAGAGAGGGGAGAGGGGACAGGCAGCCUGCCAGCACAGAGGAGGAUGUGGUUAGAGCCGCAGAGCGGUAAGAAUACUAAAGAAGAGAUUGCAGACACACAGAGACACACGAGGGGUAGAGAAGAAGAGAAGAUUGUGGUGUCACGGGCAGAGCGGGAAAGAGAGAUGCAACAAGUCAAAGAGGAACCAGAUGAGAGCAGUUACAGAGAGAGACAUGCAGGCAAAGAGGAGAACAGCAGAAACAUGGCGAGGGAGAACGAGGGUGUGAGUGUAGAUGAAGAGGAGGUCUUGAGAGAAACUGAUAAAGGGGGAAAGCAAUAUCUGUCCGACAGCAGUGGUGGAAUAGAAGGAGGCUGGGAGAGGGAUGCGGAGAACACGACAGACAGCAAAGAGGAUAGUGACAGGGAGGAAGAGGGCAGGAGCCACUAUUUCGUCCACCCCGAGAAAGGAGGAGAAGGGGAAUCAGGUAGGAAGCAAGAGAGAGACAGUAUGCUUUCAGUAGAGGACGGCUUUGUGACGGUCUCCAGCGGCGGAGACGAGGAUGAGAGGGAGGAAGAUGAAGAAGAGGAGUUUGAGGACUGUCAGGAAUCCUGGGGAGGUGGAAUUAAAAAUGACGGCUCCCCGCCUGUUGGCUUCAAGGGCCCUGAGGGAGACAAGGAGAGGGUAGGUGAAAGGACAAAAGGGAAGGAGGAGGCAGUAAAUGAGGAGAAACAAGGGAGGGAGAAGCAGUCAAAGUAUGUCUUCAGUGUGUAUGGGACAAUUUUACCGAAGUCAAAAGCUGGUGACAUGUCAUUGUCGCAAGUUGAUGAGAUGGGAGUUGACAACCCAAGUUUGGAAAAGUGUCGUCACCACAGCGAUGACGUCACGCAGCAACAUCAUGGUGACCAGCAUCCAACACCUCCAUUCACCUAUGACCAGGACAAAGAAGGCAAGAGCGAGCAUGACGUGACAACAGAGAUGGAAGUGCGGGACAGGUCGUCUUCAGGACCUGACAACUCAGAGGCCGAAGAGGGAAUGAGGAUCAAAGUGGAGAACCCGUAUGAGGAGAUAGGGCAGGUUAAAAGAGACUCACAAACCGAAAAGCUCCUUGUAAAGUGGAGAGAGAAAAAUGUAGUACCGGACGAAAGGAAAAGUGAGCAACUUUCUCCAACUAAUCCCUACGGUGAUGUGUUUCCUCCGGCCAAUGUUGAACAAAUUCAUCCCAUCUUGGAUGGAGCUGGAGCAAUGAGUCCAGAAGAGGUGGAGGCCAUUCGCAUCCGAAUGAGUGGGGCAUGGAGCAUGUCCGAUGAGCCCAAGCGGCACUCGCAAGCCCCCCACCUCAAAUGGGCCAAAAAUGUGGUUCUCGGGAUCCUGGGACAGUCGGAGGACCAGCUAAAGGAUGAACCAAACCCAGAGAAACGCGGAGAGGUCAACCAGCCUGAGCAAGACAGACAGCGGGAGGACAGAGGGAUUCCUGUUGGUAGGAUGUCAAUGAAUGAACAGCACUCCGCGCCCGAGCUGGAGGAGUACUUGCCGUUGGAAUUGGAGGGAUUCAGAGGUAUGGGGCAGAGCCAAGUUGACAUGCAUGACGAGCAGUUCACAGCAAUGCAUGGUGACAGUGACACACCCACACACACUCAUGCUGACACACUGUUAGACACAGAAGGGAAGGAGGCUGACAAUACGGAAAAGGAGACUGAGUCCACUGGUCACCUUCAGCUAGAAUUGGUAGAUAUAGACGUGACAAUUACUCAAGAGGGAGGCGAGGAAGUUGUGCUAUCAGAGGCAGAAAAAGAAGAACGUAGAGAGAAGGAAGUGGAGAUGUUUUUAUCUGUGAGCAACACUCUGUACAAGCCCAGCAGCUGCCCCAUUCUUAAUUUUGAAUCUGAAUCUGACCUCCUCGUCCCCUCCAGAGAGGGUGAGAGCCAGGAGGAGGUCGAGAGAGAGGGUGAAAGUGAAGAAGAGAGGGAGGGAGGGGAGCCUCAGGAGUGGGGUCCCGCAGUGGAGGAGGGAGAGAUGAGGGUAGGAGAAGAAAUGGAAGGGGACAGUAGAGGGGGAGAGGUGGUGGCAGUGACGCAAGUAAAAGGGACUCUGACGAGCAGUUUCAGUUUCAAAGACUCGGGUCCCGAGGCUCGGAAACGAAAUAGGGGGAUCCGUAAAACUACUGAACGAAGAAAAGGAGAGCUUGGAGAAGAAGAGGAAGAAGAGGAAGGUGGUGGAAGGGAUCGCAGAACCCGAAUAUUCUCAACAACAGAUGAUGAGGAUGAUCGGAGUAAAAGCUGGGGAGAAGUCGAGCUCAGGAAUGUUUUGGACACAAUCGACAGACGGAAAAGGAAUUCGAGGUUUUUCAAUGCUGCCCAGCUCUACCAGCAGUACAGCGAGGCGGCGCAGAACUCUGAGAUCCUGAGUCAGGCUCGCUCCGAUGGCCGGUCGGUGUCCGAGGACAGCACCUCCCCUACUGCUCUGUCGCCUCUUCCUGCCCGCAGACCUCUACCUCCACUACCGCCUGUCCCACACCCUCACUCCUUGUCACACAGCGCCUCCAUCACCAGUGUACAAAGCUUGCCUCUUCCUGAGCCCCCAAAGAGCGAGGGCAGGCCUCCCUCUCCCCGUCUGUCCAUCACACUCCAACAGUCAGCCACACUGUGGCGGGACCUGCCUGGGGUCAGGAACAGCGGUCAACUGGACGAUCUCUCAGAGGACCAGAGGCGCCUGCAGGAGGUGAGAUUUGAAGUGUUGACCUCAGAAGCCUCCUACUGCCGGAGUUUGGAUAUUGUUGUUGAACACUUUGUCAAGUCCAAACAGCUGGGGGCGCUGUUGACCACGCAAGAUAGAAACUGGCUGUUUUCCCGGCUUGCAGAUGUUCGAGCCAUCAGCCACAGUUUUUUGUCAAAGCUGGAAGAGCGUGUGGAAACGGAAAUCGUUCACUUCACGGUGUGUGAUAUCAUCGUUCGGCACUGUCAGCGCUUCAAAAUGGUUUAUGUGCCCUACCUCACCAACCAGUCCUAUCAGGAUGCCACCUACCAGAGACUCAUGAAUGAGAAUCAAGGUUUCAAGAGGAUUGUGGAUAAACUAGAGAGGAGUCCAGUUUGUCAGAGACUUCCUCUUCGCUCCUUCCUCGUCCUUCCUUUCCAACGGAUCACAAGAAUAAAGCUGCUGGUCCAGAACAUUGUGAAGAGAACUACUCCAGGUACAGCGGAGGCGACACAUGCCAUCAAAGCAAUGAAACUUCUGGAGAAGUUAAUUCAAGAGAGUAAUGACAGCAUCUCCCAGAUGAAAAACAUUGAGUCCCUGGUCACGCUUAGUGCUAAGGUGGACUUCGAAUGUAGGACUCUUCCCCUGAUCAGUCAGUCUCGGAGGUUGGUGCGGGAAGGCGUGGUCACGGAGCUGAUGGAUUUCUCCCUGAAAGACACAGAGAGGAACAUUCACAUGCACCUGUUCAACGACUACUUGCUAAUUUCACUACACAAAGAGGGGGGAAGAUUCACUGUAAUCGACCACUCUCCUGUAUCCGAGCUGCGUGCUGAGAACUGCCGUAUCAAGCUUCACUCUUUACAGAAAAACGUGUUCCGGCUGCACAUGCUGCACAAAUCCCUGCUGCUAAGGACUGACACACAGAGUGACAAGCUACGUUGGAUAUCUGCUCUUUCCCGGCCACAUCCUGAAAUAGAUUUUUCUGCAGCUCAAGAUUUUCCACAGAUGCAGUGUAUUCGAUCUUUUAAUGGGCAGCAGCCUGAUGAACUAUCCUUAGAAAAAGCUGAGGUCAUUCUAGUUCACCAGCAAAGCAGCGACCAUUGGGUAGAGGGGACCCGACUGUCUGACCGGCAUCAUGGAUGGGUGGCCGAGUCCCAUUUGGAAACCAUAACCAACUCUAGAGUCCGAGAGCGCAACCUGUCAGAUGCUCUCAAGCUUACAACUGCCAAAGCUGCUGUUUGAGUGGCCUGGUCCGAGUGGCAACAGACAGUGGGACGUCCUGGCUGAAACAAUUUGUAAAGGAUAAACUGGAAGAUGGACAAUGGACAUUCAGUGAAUCAAAGGGGAAAGCAGUUGCAAUGCAUCUCAAUAUGGCAUUGCCUGUUUCACUCUGUGGGGAAAAAAAUAUAUAUAUAUCGAUGUAGAGCGAUGCAAGAACUGCUGCCAGAAAAACAAUAGAAGUGUUGUCACUGUACUAAAGCGCAUCUACGCCACAAACAACAUUGUUUGUUUGUUGCUAAAACUUACAGAGAGGUGAUUUUUGGAAUGAAUUGUGGAAAAUGUAUUAUAAUUUGUGCAUAGUACUGAAUCUAAUGCUUUUAUGACGCGUGUCCCGAACAAAAUUGGCCCCUGCAUGCAGGAAAGAGCUGUUGAAAAUCAUGCAACAAUUAAAAGCUGCACAGGACAUUUCAAUAAAUUCCGAAUGAUGGAAUAAAAAUCACUUUUGAACACGA